CACCCAGAUCCCGCUAUGGGGGGCAGUUACGAAAUUCUGCCUGACUUGCCACCCUCCGCCCCCUUCCUCCAGACCCACCCCCACUGCCUGGUCCCCUCCCCAAUUCCCUCAGUCCCGCCCCCGCCCCGCUGCGGGCCGGGCUGCGGGAGGGGCGCUCCCCGCUGUCCGGUCCCGCACUCCGCGUUCGGCCCGGCUGACAGCUGCGAGGGGAGCGGGCACCGUGGGGCCCGGGUAUAUUUAGACAGGCUGCCGGGGAGUGCAGAGACCCACCAAUCCCAGCUGGAGCUAGAGGGGGUGUCUAGCAGCUCUCCUCAGAGACGGGGCACAGACAGAAGGACAGACAUGGGGACGCGGAUCCUGCUGCUGUUCUGCUGGGCCCUGCUGGGAGCAGCCAGUGCUGAGCCUCCCAAGGAGCACGACCCCUUUAACUACGACUAUCAGUCCCUGAGAAUUGGAGGCCUCAUCUUUGCCGUCAUCCUCUUUCUGCUGGGAAUCCUCAUCAUCCUCAGUCGACGCUGUCGUUGCAAAUUUAACCAGCAACAAAGGACUGGUGAGCCAGACGAGGAGGAAGGGCCUCUCCGAAGCUCCAUUCGCCGUUUGUCCACCCGGAUGAGAUAGGUGGACCCAGACGCUGGUCUCCCCAAGGCGCAGACCCCUCCCUGGAUAUGAAGAGUGACCCCCUCUUCCCCUGCCCCAUGCUGCAUAGUCGUAGCACUUAGCCUAGACCAGGCCCCCGCGCGCUGAUUGCAGCCCGGAGAAUCUGAGCCAGCUAACAGGGGGUAAUAGGGACACACACACACACAGCAGGUCUCAUCCCCUCCAACAGGGGGCAGUAGGGACACACACACACACAAACACACAGCGGGUCUCAUCCCCUCCAACAGGGGGCAGUAGACACACACACACACACACACACACACACACAGAGCAGGUCUCAUCCCCUCCAACAGGGGUUAGUAGGGACACACAAGCACACCAGGUCUGAGCCCCUCCAACAGGGGCAGGCAAGAGACACACACACAAAUACGGCAGGUCUCAUCCCCUCCAACAGAGGGCAGUAGACACACACACAGAUACACACACACACACACACACACAGAGCAGGUCUCAUCCCCUCCAACAGGGGUUAGUAGGGACACACAUGCACACCAGGUCUGAGCCCCUCCAACAGGGGCAGGCAAGAGACACACACACAAAUACGGCAGGUCUCAUCCCCUCCAACAGGGGGCAGUAG